AGAAUUAAUAAAAAUUAGUAAUAUAAGAAUUUACAGAAAUACUUACGUUUAAUUACAUUAAAUUGAAUACAUAUAUUAUAUGAUUUCAAAUAAAAUCAAAUUUUAUGUUUUUAUUCGUAUAAAAUGACCUAAAGUGAAAUAAAAUGAAGCAAAAAUAAAUUGAUAUAAAUGACAGAUUCUAAUUUUCAUUUUAUUUUCUCAAAAUUAUGUUUAAUUAAAAAAAAUAAAAUACAAACUUGAUGUUAAACAAGUUAAAUAAUGAACGAAUUAAUAAUAAAAGAACUAAAAUCCAUCAAAGCUUCACCUUAUUUUCCCCUCCAGGUUCCUGUGUGUAGUUCCAGAUGCCGGACCAGAGAUGGCGCCAUUUCAUUCCUUCUUGAAUCUGUGCUCUGCCUCAUUUUCUCCACAUGUUCCGUCCAGCAGAAUCCCUCAUUCAGAUGCUGUGUUGACCAUGCUCAGUGGGUCCAGCAGAAGCAUCGGAGGAAGGAAAAACAAACCCAGAGCUGUUUGCAUGCCGCUGGGUUGUAAUAACCUCCAUGUGGAAGGUCAGAGGUUAAAGCAGCUUGAUUUGGUUCUCAGUUUUUACUAACAAAUGUCUGGAUGAGCGUGGCGUUCCCAUUGGCACAAGCUGCUGGAUCAUUUGACUGCAAGGAAAACACUCAUUUGGAUAUUUGGAUUCAGUUUUUGGAUUCACCUUCUGUGUUUUAUUGGUGUUUCUGACCUUUAACUGUAAAAAUAACAGAAAUAGGACAAAACAGCCCAGUUUGAGGCUGAUCGUCUUCUUUUAGAGGGUUAUAUGAUGAAUUAGGCUCAUUUUCACAGAUUUUAGUCACUUUUUGUAUAUUUCUGGGUCUAAAUCUGAAGAUUGAUCAUAAAUCAAGUGGCAGUCAGGACUCAGAUAAUGCCUGGAAACAGUUAACAGUGAGAAACAGAUCAGUUCUCUAGUAAAACGAUAAUUUUUUGAACUUUUAUCUAGAGUGAAGCUCGUCUCUGAACAUGAACAUGUCUCCUCAGAGCUCGCCUCCCUUCACCGACUCCCUGCUGGUUUUAGAAGUGAUUACCCAUAAGUCCCUGAAAGGUGGGCUCCUGCAUACCUGCCUGACCUCCGGUACGUUUCCUCCAGAUCUCUUAGAUCUGAUCAUUUGCUUCUAGUUGCCUGACGGAUGGAUGCACUCCACACUUGUCAGGUUUUGCGUAAAACAUGUUGACCAUCGCGUAUCAUUUUCCAUCUGCUUCUGAACUGUGCUCUAUGUUCUGUUGGUCCGGCGACCCUUUCCUUGAAUAAAAGCCUCCCCACAGAAUGAUGCUGCCACCAACAUGCUUCACUGUGGCUGUGUGUUUGGGUUGAUGUGCAGGGUAAGAUUUUUGGCUCAUUAAUGCAUGUUGGUCUCUGUGGUUAAAUACAUUCCAGUUUCUGGUUAUAAUAUAAUAAAACAUGGAAAAGGUUCGGUAAAUGAGUGUUUUCUUGAUUUCUAACAUCCUAACACCAGAUAACAUUUGCAGACAUGCCUCAGAUGAGUAGCUCAGUCAUCUCUCUCUCUCCUCGGAUUGGCCCCGCCCUCUCACCCCGGUGCCCCCUCCUUCUCUCAGCUCUAUAUAAAAGUUUUCAGCUUGUUGAGGCUCUAGUUUUACGCACGCCAGGAUGGAAAGCCUCAUCUGUGCGCUCCCUGGUGUUCCUCCUGUUCAUGUUGAUGUUCCUCUCCGCAGCAGACUGGAGGUGUCCAGCAGAUCCGGUGUGAACAUUUAGAGGCUGGUCUUUGGUUCUGGACUGGAAGGAUGCUACGGCAGGACGCGGCUCCGCUCCCUGUGAGGAAUAUGUUAACAGGACACCUGGAAGUGGGUUCAGGCUGACGUCAGGGCCAACAUCAGAGCGGACUCCAUAUUCUGUCCGGUUCUUGAGGAUCUUUGUUAGGAUGUAAUUUAAAUAGAAGACCCACAUCUGGGAGAGAAGCUGCUUCAGUGCGUCAGAGCGCAUGGAUCACUGAUUCCCCCCAAUGAUUCCACUCAAUCAGAAAAUGACUAACUGUCUCCUCCGACUGGCUCUGCUCGUGGCGUGCGUCCUCUCCACCCGCUGCAGCGAAGCGCCCGAGGCCGAGGCGGGGGCGCAGCCAGAGUCCUGCGCGUCCUGCGCCGCCUCUGCUCACCUGGAGGACCCGGAGUCCGGACGCGUGGACGGAGACUUCCUGGAGGCGGUGAAGAGGCACAUCCUGAGCCGACUGCAGCUGCGGGAGCGGCCCAACAUCACGCACCCGGUGCCCAGGGCUGCGAUGGUGACGGCGCUGCGCAAGCUGCACGCGGGGAAGCUGCGCGAGGACGGCCGGGUGGAGAUCCCCAACCUGGACGGACACCCGAUGAGCAACGAGGUGCUGGAGGAGAGCUCCGAGAUCAUCAGCUUUGCAGAGAAAGAUGAUCUGGUCACCUCCAAGUCCAGCCUGUUCUUCCUGAUCUCCAACGAGGGCAACCAGAACCUCCACGUGACCCAGGCCACCCUCUGGCUCUACUUCAAGCUGCUGCCGUCCACCUCUGAGGUGCGCGGGAAGCGGAAAGUGACGGUGAAGGUGUACUACCAGGAGCCGGGCCUCGGCAGCAGGUGGGACCUGGUGGAGAAGAGGGUGGAGCUGAGGCGCAGCGGCUGGCACACCUUCUCGCUCACAGACGCCAUCCGGUUGGUGUUUGAAAAAAAUGAUGACAGGCGGCAGAACUUGGACGUUCGCUGCGAAGGCUGCGAGGCGGAGGGCGUUGUGCCGGUUCUGAUGAACCUGAACGACGAAUCCCACCGGCCCUUCCUGGUGGUGCGGGUGAGGCAGGCCGACAGCAAGCACCGCAUCCGGAAGCGAGGCCUGGAGUGCGACGGCAGCAGCAACCUGUGCUGCCGGCAGCAGUUCUACAUAGACUUCCGGCUCAUCGGCUGGAACGACUGGAUCAUCGCGCCGUCGGGAUACUUUGGGAACUACUGCGAGGGAAACUGCCCGGCCUACAUGGCAGGCGUCCCUGGCUCAGCCUCGUCCUUUCACACGGCCGUGGUGAACCAGUACCGCAUGAGGGGGAUGAGCCCUGGCUCCAUGAACUCCUGCUGCAUCCCCACCAAGCUCAGCACCAUGUCCAUGCUGUACUUCGACGACGAGUACAACAUCGUGAAGCGGGACGUUCCCAACAUGAUCGUGGACGAGUGCGGCUGCGCCUGACUCUUUUCUUCCUGUUAAUUUAACUCCAGAACUCAGCAGAUUAACGACUUUACAGCAGAAAGUGAUUAUAAAAACAGAAUAUUUAUGAACAGUGGAGAACACGAGCACAUUCAUCCUCAUCCACACAAACUCGCAUGCCUGCACAAAAGCUUGUAUAUAUAUUUAUGUUUGUUGCUAUAUUUUCUGUCCAAUCUUUCAAAUCUGAUCCACCUGGCAAACAAUCAGCUCCUGCAGCUCCUCAGUAGAUAUCUCCAAGAGUGUGAGGACGGAUUGGUGUAUCUAGCCUUUCAGGCAGCAGUAUAAUCACGUUAUUUGAGUCAAGGAAAACAUCUCCAAAGGAGGUGUGAAGAGCCUUGUAUCAGUCAAACAUGUUCUUUUCUACACUUAAAGUUGGAACAGACACUAUUGGUGUAACUUCUGCCAACCUACAGCACUUCUGGCCUUAUUGUCUUCUAUCAUGCCACAGAAACUGGACUAUUUCUCAAACAGAACCACAGAUUCUACACAUCUGUGCUCAAAUCCACAAAAUCAUUCUCCAAAGAGCAAUAGAAGUAAGAGGUGAUACACCAGAAGACUGAAGUAUAGUACAGCCAAUGCUUGAAUUAUUUGCUAACAUGUGAUAGAUGCUGACAAUCGAGAGGUUUCUAAGCACCUAAAAGUUGCCUGAACCCUAAAAUUAAGAGUUUUUAGAUUUAAUCUUACUUGGCAUUAAUUGGCAUUGCCAACCUACCCGGUUAAUCAUCUAAGUUGUCAUCCUUUAACUGAACCUCUACAGUCUGGGGUUCUCUAAUCCUUCACUGACCUGUUGCUGGCUAUGAGUCCAGGAAACAAGGCUGGAUAUUCUUGGAGGUGAUAACUUUGUGGAACCAAGUUAAGGACAGUCCGGUCAGUCAAAUCCAGAUGAUAUUUUCUUGUACUCAACACAAACAGAAGGCUGUGGCUCAGUCCGCCAAAACAUUCAUCCUUAAUGUUACAAACCGCUUCUGUCCAACAAAUAUAUCUAUCUCCUUGUAAUCAGCACUUAAAGACAUCAGAGGAAACCUCAUGUUUCUUUCUUAUUAAGCCUCAUUAUAAGUUGCCAUAUUCAGUUCGGUGCAGGUCUGCACCCCCAGACGCACACUUUUAAAGCACUUGCAGAGUGAUUUGCCUUUAAAAAGCCCCUAGUGGUGCUUCAUCACUGGCCACAGUCCUUCGAAAGUGCCGCAUGACCUAUGCAAAAUGUAGAAGGUACCCAUAUGACGAACAAGCUCAACUAAAAUAGUGACAAACUUCCAGCCCAUACUUGAAACGUGAGAGUGGCAGGCAGAGGUGGGUCGGGAUCAGGCUGGAGGCCCUGGUAGAAGAAUCUAAUGGUAUCCUUUCCUGGACAAAAACACAACAUGUUGGAUCAUUUUCUGUUGGAGGAACAUUCCCAGGCUGGAGGUGUCGGUGCUGCCAGACCUUUACGUUAGGAUGAGGGGCAAGUUUACGUCAAAGCAUUAACUAGCAGAGGUGUGUAUCUACGACCAGUUACUAGAUGCAAACUUACUUUUAUGUUUAGGACCAUUUCAUUGAACUGGUGCCAAACCCUGUUGGGCCAGAUGCCACACUGUGAUCCUGUGCUGAAGGCAAACCAGUAACCAAACCCAAACACAACUCAAUGUGUUGAAUGAAACAGGUAGAAAAGGAAUAAAAAGAGCCUGGUUGGCUUUAGGAAAUGUUUUUGAAGGGAGCCUCAAUGCUUCAUCUUCAGAGCUAUUGAAACCCAUUUGGAGUCGGUACCAAAAGAACCUUCAGUGUCACCAAGAGAAAUGAACAGAUCUCCAACAACAUGUUAGAUGGUCUUAUUCAUUGUAUCAAUCAUUUCCUUUCAUCAUUCAAAUAAAGCUGAAAUAGUCUUCAGAGGAUCCACUGGCUACUGAGGCCAUGUGUAAACAUUAAUCCAGGUUCUUCCUGGAUAAUCCAGAUAAACAUCUACACCUCUACGUCAGUUAUGACUAAAGUCAUAAUGCGUGCCUUCAUGAUGGGUUGAUCCAGCAAUGUAACAAUCACAAAAACAGUUUCAUUUCAUUAAAUUAUGACAUUUUCUCCAGUUUUAAAGGUAAAAAACAACUUCUCUGGAUUGAAUAUUUUCUUCAUGAGAAUUACUCUGAAGACUAGAAGAAAUUGUAUAAGGACUGACUGGUCUUAGUCUAUCUAUUUAAGAUGUGCUGAUUCAGUCCUGAUGACACUCUCGGCAGAAAAUCCCAACAUGUUCCUGUAGCUGGGAUUUUUAUUCAAAGAACCACUGUAGUUGGAGUAAAACAUAAAGAGUGGCACUAGAAUCAGGCCCUGAGGAACUCCACAGGGACAUGUUGGUUCUGUCCAUGUACCAUUCAUGUUGUUUGUUGGGGUUCAUUGAAUUGUUUUAAGUGAAACAUAAAUUCUUAGAUAGUUCAUUUGAGGGUAAGCCUGUUUUUCCAAAGCUAACUGGUUGGUUUUGGUCCUGGUCCACCACCAAACUCCUCUAGCCUUUUCCUUCACAUCUAAAACUGCUGUUUUCUCUUUUAUGGACAGUUUUAUGACAAGCUGUUAGACUAUAUUUCUGCAUAUAGUUAGAAUUGCUAGGCGCAGCCACAUCUGUUGAUCAACCAGCUUUGGGGUUACUACCACAGUGUGUAAAAUGACAUACAUUUUAAUCACAUUUAAAAGAAAAUCAAAGGCGAUUUAAACGUCAUUUUCAGUUAUGAUGGCAGGUGACUCUACAGAUAAAUGGAAGCCUUUCACAGAUUGACCUAGCUAUUAAUAAAGUUUAACUGGCAACAUAAAAGCGGCAUCUGAAAGAUGGAAACCUGGGGCUAACUGCGACCCAGAUGUGACGCCUGUGUAGGGAUUUUUAAAGCCUCUGUCCCGGCGGAGCUCCUUCCUUAGCACACUAACACACUUUAAGACACAGAUUGAGUGACCUGUUAUUUCACAGGCAUCAUUCAUGAAUACCUGCGCUCCACAUCCUGCUUAUUAUCUGCUCUUCUCACGCCUCCUGGCCGACCCCCACCUCGCCUGCCGCUUUAGUCUUCAUCCUCCCUUUCAAAGCCACUUGUUGUUAGAGUAUUUGCACUGACCAGUAGCACCAGUAGAGAUGAGAACAAAUGCAUAGAAACUGCCAUGAGUUAAGAUGAAAAAGCUAUUUUUAUAGGAGCAAAGUGAGUUGUGUUCAGAUGUAAUCGUGGAACCAAAGAGGCCGUCGUGUUUUUGUUGUAAAUGACUUUGUGACAGAUAAAAGAGGCCUAAACACUGUUUCAGGGUAUACUAUCAGUCCAUAGACAGAUCAAACUCUUUUCUAUUUUUUACUUAGACAUUAAAUAUGUCCUAUUUUUUCAUCAGAGUACUUAAAUAUUCCUAGUUUGGUUUCUGUUAGCUCUUGAAUUGUUUAGAUUGAAGCACAUGCCAUCCGAUCCCUGUACAGUUCAUGUAACAUAUCAAUAUGCUUUCCAGAUAUUUGGUUCUUUGUAAUUGUUGGAAAAUAAAUUUCUUAUUACUUGUAA